GUACGGACAUUCACGUUACGCAUUGUUCUCACAUGGAUCCCGACUCUUCUCAGAGCAUGAAUAGCCAUUCAUCCUUAGGUAUGGCAUCAACAUCAACAGAAACAGCACCACCGGCCCAGCCCGCCACAGCAUUCACAAUGCCCGAGGGAUCAACUACAUCCGACGCUGCUUCAUCUUUCGCCGCAACAUGGUCCUCCACUGAUACGGCGCAUCUCCUCCCGAGCAACCUGCCGGUCGCGAAAGUCCAACGCGCCUGGGAAAGAAAACCACAGUCGCCAUUCUCCCGGCGGCGCGUCAAAGUCGGCAAAGUCUGGAAACGCGGCGGCGCAUCGUCGGCUGCGAUUGGUCUAGGAAGCACACUCGCCUCGUCAUCUUCCUCGAUGUUCGCGUUUGGAGGACUUGGCGCAGCACAGCAGAGUCCGAUGAGGGCGGUCAAGAAGAUGAGAGACGCUCAAGGUGGGGCAACAGUCAGUGGGUGGGAGCGACGAGGAAGUCCCACAAGAGAGAGGAGGAUCGUGACGAGGAGUAACGCUGUGGAGCAAGACCUCGUAGAGUUGGGAGACGAAGGUGAGGGCGAGCCGAUGGCUGGAGAGGUGGAUAUGCAGGUAGAGGAGGAAUUGCAGGAAGCGGAGGUUCUCAAAGUCGAGAUCGAGAACGAGGAUGGGACAGUGUUGGAGCUGGAUGGUGAAGAAGCGGAGGCGCAAAUCCAGGACGAGAACUGGGAUGACGAGAGCAUGACUGAGGAAGAGGUGUGGGAUGCGACGCUUAUGCACUUGGCUCAAGUCGACGGAGAGGACACACACGAGCAGGAUGUGGUGGACACAAGCGUUCACAAUUUGCCAGCAGCCGUCUCAACACAAUUGCAGGAGGCUACGACCGCAAGCCGGGCCGAGACCGACACGCAAAUCGAGGACUCAUCUUACCCAGUGGACGCGUCGCACGACACGGAGCAGACUACGCCAGAGAUGGUUGUGUAUCCUUCUGAUGUUGCCGCAGAGCCGCUGAUGCCGGAGCAAAAGCCGGCUCUCAGACCAGCAAUGCAAUGCGCUCUUCCCGAAGGCUUCGUCUCCCCAGUCAAAGGUCGGCAGCGGAGGACCAUCAAUCAAGUGCGACUUCCAAACGCGAAUCGGCGUAGAACGCUACCCGUCAACUUCGCUGCGCAGAACGAUUCCAUCGUGGCUUCUGUCACUGCCAAUUCAGAGGAUAAAAUCGUUGAGCCUGGCACGAUGGUUGAAUUAGAGCAAGAGAUCUCAGCCGAGGCUCCAGACGAAGCGACUGUGCAGGAGUCUGAUUCCGACUCGCAGAAUACUUCAAUGGGCAUGGAGGAAGUCAUGCAUGAUGCUGAAGCAGAGGAGACCUCAGGCGACAAUGAGCAUGAGGACGAACACGAAGACGAAUGGGAAGAUAUCGAGACCGAAGAUCAGCCAGUCAGUGAAGAUCUCAAAGCACAGAUUCCGGCAGAUGCAGGAUUUCAGGAAGAUUCACCACAGCCCCAGAACACAGACAUCACGGAUGAGACAACACAAACCCCAACAGGCAGUUCGCAAUCAGCAACUGCAUCGCCAACGAGAAAAUAUGCCAGUCCUGUGGCUGGCACUGCAGGCGGACAUCCUCUUCUCGCACCACGGAGAUCUUCCAGGAGGCAAUCGACCAGUCCGAUGAAGCCGAGCAACAUUCUUCCAUCGGCUGACCGUCCUCAUCUGGUCGCAUUUACGCCCAUAAAGAUGCCAUCCUACAGAGCACCGGCAUCGCAAACACCGAACCAGUCGCCUGUCUCUCAGGCAAUGGAGAUCGAUGACGCAGCAGCCUCUAUGCCCGUACGAUCAUCCUCAGCGCCUCCUGAGGAGCCACAAAUGUCUCCGCGCAGGCCUAAGCAGCCUCGUAUAUCGGAUGAUACUGCUCUCCUCCAAGCGUUCCUCCACCGUGCUGCUGAGAGCAAGACAACAAAGGAUAUCUCGACGACUGCUAAGCGCGAGUCAAUCGAAAAUCGCCGUGACUCUGGCUCAGUCCGAGAAGCCCUCGCAAGCCCGGAGGACAGAGUCGUGCCGAGUGACGUCCUUGCUGAUCUGGAUCCUAACAGCCCAUCUCCCAGGAAACAGUCCAUUGCUGCCAACGCAGCAGAGUCAUCUCGCCCCGAAAAGGAACACAUCGAUCUGGAUGAGGACGAGCUUGCUCUUCAUUCGCCAACAAGAAAGACCUUCCGAAAGAGCGGCCGCGUCAAGAAACAAGCGCAAAUUCUCCCAGCAAGUGCCUAUUCCGCACCGAACCGCAUUUCGAUUCGUGGCGCUACCGACGGUGUGGUGCUGAAGAAGUCGGAGGCACAGGAACUCGCUCUGACUACCAGGACUAACACAAGGAAGAACAAGAGCGGUGCCGUGCUGCCUCCUAUGCGCUUGAGGAGCAUGGCCGCAGAAGGACUGAUGGGCAAGGCCGAUACCGUAGAUGUUGAAAUGGACAUCGAGCAUCCGCCAGGCCGGAGGACUGUCAAAUGGUCCGAGACGCUUGUCGCUUUUCAAGAAGGUGCCAACGAGCCUGAGAUCUCUGUUCUCAGCGACGAGCUUGGCAAUGAAGAUGGCGUUGACACGGAGAUGGUUGGUGUGCCGACUGCUCCUGCACCGGCCGACACGCCCAGCAAACCUCGUCUCCGACGUCUGAAGCCUCCUCGCACGACUGCGUCAUCCGCUGCUGCUGCUAAGUCCAGUGAAGCUGAGGUUGCUUCUCUUCCGGCAGAGCCCAAGCCUAAGCCUCGAGUCCAGAAACGCAGCUCGCGCAUUGCAACUCCAGCUAAGCUGAAGGGCGCGGCGAAUUCUCUCCUUCACCUCGAUCCUAUCGGGCCGGACGUCGUUGCUCCUGCCGAGCCCAAACCACAAGAAGCUGCAGCUAGCAAGGGGCCUGUCAGUCGACGCAAGACCACGACGACAGCUCCAUCGAAACUUCGUGCGCCCACGCCGACCUCUCAGACCUCUCUCUCCGCGUCUAUCGCUCCUGUUGGGAAAGAGAACUCUCUUAUAGCCUCGCCACCGAAGAAGCGGUCUGGCGCUGCUGCCAAGUCCAAUGCCACGGCGGCUGGUCUUCCGAGCAUGAAGAGCCUUCCGCCUAAGCUAGACUUUGGCAGCAAGAAUGGCAACGCCGGUGAGAUGCUGGGCUUGAGCAGUCCUGCGAAGAAGAAGACGAGCGCGAAGACUAUGUUUGCGCCGCAGGAGAGUUUCGGGGCUGUGAAGGAUGAGAGCAUGUCGAUGCCUGGCAUGGGCAGUCCGGCAAAGAAGCGAACGAGGCGGCUUUGA